GGUACUCUAGCGAUACAUUUAAUUUCUGAUGAAACAUGAGUGACCCAGUGACGUCAAAGAUCAGCCUUUGUAAAACUCAGUUUUUCUGACCCUGGUCUUGUAUCUGCCCUGUGUACUGGUUAUGUGUUUGUAGGCUACAAUAAGCACCUUUUAGUUAGUUUCAAUCCUGGGAUCUGUUGACAGAAAAUAGAGAAACAAAGACAGUCAAGACUAGAUUCUGGUGGUAAGCUGCACAAGAAGGCUGGCCAUGGUUGGAAGGGGAUUCCUGGGUUGCUUCAUCCUGUGUGUGUCCCUGGCCUCAGUAUGCGCUAUAAAAGGAACCCUUAAUUCAAUAGAUGAUCUCAGGGACAUAGAGUUUGGUCACACCUUUCCUCGACACGGCCUCAUGCUGCUACACUGGCUAGCCAACAACAUUCACAUUGACAACAACGGCAACAUGAGACUCAAUUUCAACCCAACCAGGGGAGACUAUGGCAUUCAUUUCUAUGGAAACGCUGAUAAUCCCCAUCCAUUACCUAUUCUGCCCCGUCAACGUGGAAGUUACUACUCACUAGGGAAUCUUGUUGGCAAUAACAACAAUGGCGCUAUGGCACUUCCUUAUUAUGUAACUCAAAGAUUCUACAACUCAAGGGGAACUGAGAACAACAGGGACAGGGUCAUACUCAGAGUUAGGGAGGAAGAGUCCAAUCAGUUCAUAGUAGACGAGGUCUAUGUCACACAGCACUAUCCACCAAAUGGAAACAGAGGAAGUGCCUACGAUCCAGACAAUACAUACCGUGUCAAUGUCAGCCUCCUUAGACAAAUCCAACGUCUACCAACCAUUAACCUAAAUGAUAUUCCACAAACAUAUCAUGUAGAGAUCAACCACAACAUUCUGGAGCAUCUGGAAAACAUCUGGGACACACCUGGUCUGGCACUUCUUCUGGCUAUUGUAUUGUCCUUUACACGUCCCAAUAUCAAAGGUUCAGGUAGACCACGAAGGCUUAGGGCAGAUGAAACCCAGUGUGACAUGGAGGAUAAGGAUAAUACAUUGUUUAAGCUUGAGGUGAAAACCACAGAUAGAGGAAAAGCCAGGAUCAUCUGGAGUGGGAUCCCCAAGAGGCUAUUAGACCAGGGUGUAAUGGUGGUUCUUCAUAGGAACAAUAACAGUGACAGUAAGAGCGAGCUGGACAGAUCAUCAGUCGGGGGCCAAGCCUCUGGGAGCUAUAACACCUCAGUACCCCUUAACCCUGGUCUCCAGGUCAGGCUCCAUAAGGAGGUAAAAAAUUGGUGGAAUUACUUGGGGUUUGGGUCCACAAUCGGAGAGGAGAUCUGGAGAGGUUCUGAGUUUCACAAUGCCAACAGAGAGAUUCCUGUUGAUAUUAACGGACAUGACGCCAGUCUGCAGCUCUUCGUAAAGGAUGGAAAGGCCUGCGCUCGCCUGUACGUAAAGAAAGCCUUCACUGCCUGGAAGAAAAUGUUUAAUAACUCCUGGGUUGGGUUCUACUCUUCAGACAGCAAAGACACCCAAGAGUAUAAUACCUACCAAUGGCAAUGGGCUGUAAAUUUCUCUGAGGAAAGCCGCUCUGAUUGUGCAGAUAUACCUGGGUAUGAUGUCUAUGUGUAUGAGUCUAGUAUGACCAUGUCUCCUGGGGUCCAGGCCAGAUUCAUACUGGAGAAAUCUGGGGGUGAAAAGGCACGCACUCCACCCUGGGAGAGACUUGUCCAGGGGUGAGCUCACCUGAUAACAUGAUCUAUGAUGUUGAUAUUCUCAUUUUUAGCUGCUUGUGUAAUUGCUUUUGUUUAACAUUCAUGUACCCUGCUUUUCAUUUUGUUUAUUUUAGUUGCUAAUCUGUGUAAAGUGUAAAAGAGAAUCUGUUCCCAAAAAUCCCUUCUGUUCCUCUUUCAUUGCUAUUUUGAGGGGAUGACUACAGGCUGGUGGUGUGGGUGGAUGACUUGACCUGUCCUCAUGACAAAUCAUUCAGUACAUKACAUUUUAUGUUUCUCUUUGUGAUGUAUCAUGGGCUGGAGAUGUUUAUAUGGAAAGGGGGGAUACCUAGCCAGUUGCACAACUGAAUGUAUUCAACUAAAUGUAUAUUCCGCAUUUAAUCCAAACCCUCUGAAUCCACGUCAUCGGCGCCCGGGAAGCAGUUGUUGAGGGUUAACUGCCUUGCUCAAGGGCAGAACGGCAGAUUUUUCCACCUUGACGACCUGGGGAUUUGAACCAGUAACCUUACUGGGUUGCUGGCCAAAUGCUCUUAUCCACCAUGCUACCUGCUUUUUUUGUUUCUGUUUGUUGGUGUUAAUUUUUGUGUUUUGUGCAAAAUCUAUGAAGGUAUAAUCACAAAA